AUGGCCGGGAGUUUUCUGAGCUGCGCCGCGUGCUUGCGCAGGACUGUCCGGGUCGCCGCCCACGGCAGCCUCGCCGCCGACCUCAUCACGACGCGCGCCCUCGCAGCCCUUGGCCAACCAACAAGACACUAUGCCACAGCUGCUGCCGCCGCGCCCGUCGAUGCCCCGCAGGCCCUGGACCCCGAGCCGGCCGAUGCCGAGGCAGAGUUAGAUAUUGCAAUGAAGAGGGAGAGGGCGAAGCUGCAGCGGAUCGUCAAGAAGCACCUCACUUACAUGGACGACCCGUGGAAGAUUGGCCACCACGUCGAGCAGACGCUGGCAAAGGAUCGCUUCGACGAGGCUCUACUCCUGACGCAAACGGCGAGCAGAGACCGCCAAGUGGUGGUGGCGUGGAACCACCUCAUCGCCUAUCAGCUGGACAAGCAGAAACUGAAGAGUGCCAUCAAGCUCUACCACGACAUGAAAAAGAGGGGCCAGCUACCUAACGUGAGGACAUUCACCAUCAUCUUUCGCGGGUGCGCCGGCUCGCAGCACCCCAAAGCCGCCGUCGCCGAGGCCGUCAAGCACUACAAUGUCCUCCUCAACGACCGUCGCUUGCAGCCCAACUCGAUCCACCUCAACGCCGUGCUCAACGUCUGCGCCAAGGCCGGUGACAUGGACUCUCUAUUCCUCAUCGCAAACACCGUCAACGACUCAACGCGCGCCCCGACGUCUUUUACCUACACCAUCCUCUUCAACGCGCUUCGCUACCACUGCCUGAUGGGCAUCAAGGAACUGCCGCCGGAGCAGCAGGAAGCCAACUUGCAAAAGACGAUUGACCGCGCCAAGGCCCUAUGGGCCGAGGUCAUGGAAAAGUACAACCAGGGGCGGCUACUCAUUGACGAGACUCUCGUGUGCUCCCUGGGUCGCCUGCUUCUCCUUGCCCCGAACCGCGAGGACAAGCGCGAGGUGCUCAAUCUCUUGCAGCAGGCCAUGAACAUCCCCAACCUGACGAGACCUCUCGCCUUGGACCCGUUCAAGGACCCCGGAAUGCGCGACAUUGCCCUCGCGGAUUCGCCCAACUCACCCCCCAACCCACCUGCCAACCCCAAGGCCGUCUACGCCGUGCCGGGACAAAACACGCUCGCACUCGUGCUCACCGCGCUGGCGUCCUCCAGGCAGACGACCAUCGGCAUCAAAUACUGGAACCUCUUGGUCCGCCACUACGGCAUCAUUCCCGACCACGACAACUGGCUUCGCAUGUUCGGGAUGCUCAAGGUCGCAAAGGCCAGCGCCCACGCCGCCGACAUUCUCGACAUUCUGCCCAGCAAGCUCGCCGACGCCAGGCCAUACCGCGUCGCCAUGGAGACUUGUGUCCGCGAUAACAUCAAUCGCAACGCCGUCGAGAACUCGAGCAAGAUCCUCCGAUCGAUGCUGAAGCGCUUCGAUGUCCCCGACCUGCAUACCCUCCGUCUCUACCUGCGUGUCGCCCUCGUCAGCCACUAUCAAUUCCGCGCCAUGGCCCAGAAAGGCCAGGAAGUGAGCGCAAAGCGCGCGUACGGCGUCCAGAUCAACGGAGCCCUAACCCAGCUCUGGGGGCCGUAUAGGAAAGCCUACUACCACUACUUCGAGCACACAAACGCCCCCGACGACGACGACAAGGCCAAGGCCAAUUUGUACAACAGCAAGCGCGAGGUCAUUGCCCUGGGCCGGCUCAUGUUCAGUGCCGCAAACAAGGUCAUCAACGAGGGCAUGCUUAAGGAGAGCUACCUGGUGCAACUGCGCAAGGAAGGCGCCAGGAUCAACCGUGGCAUCCAGGCCUUUUACUCUGCCCGCGAAACGGUGGAGCCCAAUCUCCGUUCCGCCGGCGAGGAACUCGAAAAGAUGGGUUCUAGACUAGGAGGGGACUUUGUCUGGGACACGACAAAGUUUCCACCGCGCGUCCCGUCGAGCAAGGUCCGCGAUACCGUGGCAAAACGCUUCCACAGAAGUCCGCUUGACGCCUAUAUGUGA